UCGGCUUCUUUCAUUCUACGUUUCGAGCACAUUUGACCAUGGCAGCCGCUGCACCAAGCCAAGGAACUUCUGCCCCGCCGUCUGGAAGCGCUGCUGGCCUCCGAAACCGGAAACCGGCCACCAAGAGCGUGAACAGCGGUCGUGGCAUGGGAGGAAGCUCUGCUGGCGUCCUCCGCUUUUACACUGACGACGCCCCUGGCCUCAAAGUCGGACCCACCACCGUGCUCGUCGGAGCAUUGCUGUUUGUUGGGUUUGUCGUGUUGCUCCAUGUGUGGGGCAAGUUCCGUGGUUAGAUACCUUGUAUAAAUAACGAAAAGCAAGCAUUUAGACUCUUCCUUGCAUUCUCG